AUGUCUGGGCUGAACCUUUCUCAAGUUCCAAAGAAACCAAGAGAAUGGCCUUCGAGCAGGAGUGGCAGUUCUGCCAAUAAGAACAAGAAUCAAGUUGCGACAAGACGCAAGCAUCAAGAAAAAGAAUUGAAACUGUUGAAAAACAAGUUAAAAUCUGGUAUUCGUACCAAAGAAGGAAGUCGCAGUACUAAAGACAGCAAAGCUAUCCUUGAAGCAAAGCACAAUCUAUGUUUCCAAAAGAUUGGGAAUGAGAUGAAAGCUGAUUAUGAAGAGCACGACGCUAUUCUGAUUGCUCCUUGCAUGAUGCAGAUCAAGGCCAAGUUUGAUACUGAUGAAGGUCUGAACUUCAUUCAAGAGUAUUAUACUAAUCAAGGACUUAAGGAGAUUGGUGAUGAUGGAAAGGAUGCCGUGGAUAAGGAAUUGAGACAAAUGCUCAUGAGAGAUUGUUUCACUCCUGAAUUUGUUAAAGACAUGACCGCGUCUGAGCGAAAGAAGGCACAAUCAGCGAUGAUGUUACUCGUGGAGAAGCAAUUCGAAAAGACAAUUAAAGGUCGCCUAGUAUUCCGAGGCAAUGGAACUUGUGAAUGGUUAUUGCAAGAGGACACUGCAAGUCCAACUGCUUCGCAGGAAGCAAGCAAUCACCACUACUUGUGUUAUUGA